UGAUGCGCGUUAACUCAACUCUGUUCCACCACUCGCGUCACUCAUAUUUCGUACCUUUGGACAUCAUAAUAGCUUGAAGUCACAUUAGUGUACACCGAAUGCUACGUUCGGCCAGUCAACAUGCGACGAACACUUUCAAAAUGCAUGCCUCCGCCCGCUUUAUGACAACACAACUUGGGUCUGGUCAAGCGGGAGGAUUACAAGAUUCGCUUGCUUACUGCAAGUACCUUGUCCGAAAACGGGACUAUGAAGCAUUCCUAACAUCUCAUUUCUAUCCCCGACAUUUGCAAGCGGCGUUCUUUGCUUUGCGGGCAUUCUAUGUUGAGUUAGCCACCGUGCAAGAAGCCGUAUCGAAUCCUAUGAUUGGAAAGAUGAGAAUGCAAUUCUGGCGAGACGCGGUGAAGUCCGUUUCUGAUGGAAAUCCAUCGAAACAUCCUAUCGCUCUAGCAUUGUAUGACGCUACGCAAAAGGUUAAGUUGCCCAGUUAUCACCUGAAGAGGAUCAUCGAUGCCAGGGAUGCUGAGCUGUAUACUCCGACACACAUGACACUUGAUUCGCUACUUGCACAUGCAGAGUCAACGUCAUCGACAUUCAACUACCUUCUACUAUCCAUGCUCUCCCUAUCUUCCUCCGAACAGCUCUCACACGCAGCCUCACAUCUUGGGGUUUCUCAGACUAUUGGAACUCUACUGCGUUCGCUCCCAUACCAUGCCAAGAGCGGUAGGAUGGUCAUUCCAGCUGAGAUUACAGCCAAGCACGGGGUCAAUCAGGAAGAAGUCUUCCGGUAUGGUGGAGAAGCCAAAGGAGUCGACGAUGCAGUCUUCGAAUUUGCCACGGUAGCUAAUGACCAUUUGAUCACCGCACGUGAGAUGUUCAAGGAGACUGGAGGAAAAGUCCCGGAUCGUGCGAGACCGGUGUUCUUGUCCGCGGUACGUAGCUACGAACGUAUGGUGGGUACUGUUUUCUCAUGUUCUGUCAACCUUUUGCGGUUCUAGAUACCGAACGCGCUGUACCUCGAGCGUCUUGAACAGGUAAACUUUGAUGCUUUUCAUCCAUCGCUACAGAUGAAGACAUGGAAAUUGCCGUGGCGCGUGUGGACCGGGUACUAUAGCGGUAGAUUUUGAGUAGUUUCUUUCUGUCGUAGUCUACAGUGCAAAACAUAUGUUACAAGUCAUGAUGUUGUUACCAGACAUUUGACGUAUGGAUCUCAAGGACAGAGUGAUCACAAGAGCUGCCCAGAAACGGCGAGGAAUAACCCAUUUUUAGAGGU